AUGCUACUGGGUCGCCUGUCCGGCAUGUUCAGUGUUUUAAUAACCAGUGCCUCUCUGUAUAGGGUGGAUGUACAACUCUCAAAGCCAUGUGAAUCGCCGAAACAAUGGGAGGGAAAUGUUUACACGGUGGACACAAAGACGAACAUUAUGAGGAGAGCCCGGGUCGUCUAUGACGAGAACGCCCCUCGAGUCCGUAUUACAGAAGAUAUAAGUAUAGGUAAUCAGGUGGACUUUUAUGACGUAGUGUACCUACACAAUGUGGAAUAUCGUCUCAAUCUGAAAACACGACAGUGCAACGUGACCGCCUUAACUCAUCCCUUCCGCCAAUUCGGAGUUCCCCAAGAUGCAAACUUCAUUGGCAAGGCUACCAUUGGCAUAGCGGGUAUCCCAGGGGAAAAUGUCGUCAUCGAAAACUAUAGUGGACAAUUCAGGGACGGGACCAAAUACUUCGGUGACGUCACAUACCCAAAUUGUAUACCUGUAUCUCGCGGGGUUUACUACAAAUCGGGUUUAUCACUGGAUAGGUUUUACGAUAUAAAUGUUGGAAUUGCAGACCCCAUGGUAUUCAUUCCACAUAAGGAAUGUGCAGAAAAAUUAUCUGGUACUUGAAUGAAAAUAAAUGAAUGUUCAACGAUGAACUUAUUUUGCGUUUUUAUUUUAUAACAUAACAGGAUGUGACUUUUUGUCGAU